GGACGGGGGAAGAUGGCGGCGGCGUCGUCGAACAACCCGCGGAAAUUCAGCGAGAAGAUCGCGCUGCACAACCAGAAGCAGGCCGAGGAGACGGCGGCCUUCGAGGAGGUCAUGAAAGACCUCAGCCUGACGCGUGCCCACCGGUUACAGCUACAGAAAAACCAGUAUUUGCAGUUGGGGCAGAGCCGUGGCCAGUACUACGGAGGAUCCUUGCCAAAUGUCAAUCAGAUUGGCAGCAGUGCUAUGGACAUGCCCUUCCAGACUUCAUUUCAACCGUCUGGGUUGGACACCAGUAGGACAACUCGGCACCAUGGCCUGGUAGACAGGGUAUAUCGUGACAGGAAUCGUCUUGGCUCACCACACCGGCGCCCUCUCUCUGUGGAUAAGCAUGGCAGACAGGUGGACAGCUGUCCUUAUGGUACUGUCUAUCUGUCUCCUCCUUCAGACACAAGCUGGAGAAGGACCAAUUCUGAUUCUGCCCUGCACCAGAGCACAAUGACCCCUGCUCAGACAGAGCCUUUCUCAGCUGGGUCACAGGAUAUGCAGCAAAAAAGAGUCUUAUUACUGACGGUUCCAGGCAUGGAGGAAGAUGCAUCAGAGACAGAGAAGAAUCUUUCAAAACAAGGAUGGGAUACUAAGAAGACAGGAUCCUCAAGACCUAAAUCUUGUGAAGUUCCAGGAAUCAACAUAUAUCCAUCAGCUGACCAAGAAAACACUACUGCGCUUAUCCCUGCUGCUCACAACACAGGGGGCUCACUGCCGGACCUGACAAAUAUCCACUUCCCUUCUCCUCUCCCAACUCCGCUAGACCCCGAAGAGUCGACUUUUCCAUCCUUGAGCAGUUCCAACAGCACCGGAAACCUUACUGCCAACCUGACGCACAUGGGGAUCAGCACAGCCAAUCAGGGAAUGACAACAACGCCAGCCUCUUCCCAGCAGCACCGGCAGCCGACCGCCAGCCCCCUUUCACUGAGCACUGACUCAAGGAGAAGCCAGUCCCAGCAGGUCUCUCCCACGCUUUCACCUCUGUCACCAAUUACUCAGGCUGUGGCGAUGGAUGCGCUAUCCAUGGAGCAGCAGCUUCCUCCCUACCCGUUCUUCACCCAGACAAGUGCACAGCAGCAGCCACAGACCCAGGUGGCGAGUGCUUUACCACCCAAUGCUUCUCUGAUGCAGACCUCCGGCUUGCAACGAGGCGUUCAGCUCCCCCCACUCUCGGUCUCUAUCCCUUCCACAAUCCCACAGUCUCCUCCGGGCAGCCAAACUCAGACUUCCAUGGGGAUAGACAUCAAUUCGGGCUCACUCCAGCAGUACCGCAGCAAUGCUGGCUCCCCGGCCAACCAGUCUCCCACCUCUCCUGUCUCCAAUCAAGCUUUCUCUCCUGGCAGCUCCCCUCAACAAACAUCUAUCCUAGGGAGUGUCUUUGGUGACUCUUGUUAUGAUCAGCAGAUGACAGCCAGGCAGGCAAAUGCUUUAUCCCAUCAGCUCGAGCAGUUCAACAUGAUUGAAAACGCCAUCAGCUCCAAUAGCUUGUACAGCCCCUGCUCCACCCUCAACUACUCCCAGGCAGCCAUGAUGGGGCUGGCCGGGAGCCACGGGAGUCUCCAGGACCCACAGCAGCUCAAUUACACCAGCCACGGGAACAUCCCAAACAUCAUCCUUACAGUGACCGGGGAAUCGCCCCCCAGUCUGUCGAAAGACCUCACCAGCUCUUUGGCCGGGGUGGGGGAUGUCGGCUUUGACUCAGAUUCCCAGUUCCCUCUGGACGAACUAAAAAUCGACCCCUUGACCUUGGAUGGGCUUCACAUGCUCAACGACCCUGACAUGGUCCUUGCUGAUCCCGCCACAGAGGACACUUUCCGGAUGGACCGGCUGUAGGGAGGAGAGCGGGAAGGGGGCGCUGCACAAAACGAGCGCGUCGGAACUGCCAAGUCCCGGAACGUCCGUGCCACCCCGGUGCCUAGAGAGAGAGAGAGGGCCUUGCCCAUCUCGGAUCUCUUGCAUCCGGCCAGGGUCCCGGGAGAGCUGCAGCUCCACUGUGUGUCCAAUUUAGCAGUGCUUGUUCUACACUUCCCGAGCGGCUGUCCUGCUCACCCCAGCCUCCCCAACGCCGACUUAAACCUUUGUUCAUGCCUUGCUGCUGGGAGAACGUUUCUCAAAGAGCUGUCUCUACCCUGUCCCACUUUCUCCCCGCCCUCGGCCACCAAAGGUCCCACAUUUGGUCCUCUUUUGUCCUUUGCACUAAAAGCGUUGGGCUUUUUCGUUCAGGAAGUGGUGUGGCCAAGAAAGUUAUUCCCCCUCCUCCUCUCCUCCUCUCCUCCCAAGGCAGAGGAGCCAUCCGGAAGAUAAAAUAGGUGUAUUGUUUUGCUUUCAUUUCUCUGUGUAAACUAUCCGACCUUUGGCUUCUAUUACAAAAGCAGAGACCCCGCAUGGGACCGAGGGCUAUUCUGGGAGUCGGGGACGCUUGAUGGAUUUGGGGGUGGGGGGAGAAGUACAUGACUUCCAGAGCUACUUGUCGAUACCGCUGCCUUUCCGUGGAAAAGGACUGGAACUGGAGAGGUGGAGAAAGCCAGCUGUGGCUCUCCCAGUAAACUCUGUAAAGCAGCUGCUUGCAUUGGGAGGCGGGGGGGUUGGGGGGAGCAGUGGCUUUCUGUUCGUUCUCUGCUUGAUUCUCCAAGCCCGUUUCCUGGACUGUUUUCUGGAGCCCCACCAUGGCCUGUUUGCUCAUUUGCCUGUGUGCAUGCAGCAGCUUUCAGAAACAACUGCCUGGCCCCUCCACCCCUGUUGGGAGAUUCAGUUGCAUGAGCCACAUAAUUCCUCUCGGCAAACUGACCGUGUAAAACUGUAUUUAUUUGUGUUACUUCAAAGAAUUUUCAGGGGGAGGUAAGGCAAGCAGAGAGAGGAAAAGAAGGCACAAACGUUUUUCUAAUUAUACGUGGAAAUUCUGUCAUUUGUCUGAAGAGAUGAGAACUGGGUCACCUGCAGGUUAUAUUUUAAUCGUGUUUUUUUUAAGGCAGCAAUCUUUUUUCCCCCCUUUGUUUUGGAAGAAGUAGUUCUUAUUCUGCAUAUUUUUUUUAAAAAAAACCCUCUCUCGUGCAUGAAAUGUCCGGUUCUGACCAAACCAGGGUCCGGCUUGUCUUUGUGCUCCAGACCGAUUAGACGGAAAUCCUCUAAGGUGGCUUCACCCAUACAAGGAGACCGUGGCAUGCUCAGGCUAAGCCAUAAUGGGAUUUGUCUGGCUCAUGGGUGGAUUCAGUAAAUUGUGGCACCUAUAAACCACGGUCCAGUAUAUUAUGCAAAGCAGGCCAUGCUUUCCUGAUUCUGGGCUCCGUAAAGUAACCGGGCGUUGCUCUGUUCCCAGAAGUGUUGCAAAGUAAAGGGAUGUUUCUUUCCAAUGCAGGAAUAGUUAUGUGGAUGCAGUGUGGAGGUUCCCAGUGAAGCUUUCCAACACGAGGCAGUAAAACAUGUAUUAAACAGUUCCUGCUUCUCCUGAUCUAGGAUCCAUUUGCUUUUAACACCCCUCCCAGUUGCUAGUUGGUUCUGGAGUGACCCUAUGACAGAAUGCUCAUUCUGACACUCUCCAUUUGCCAGGAUUCUUACUCCCUGGGAUGAGGUUGUAUGAAUUUGCAGUAAUUAGAUUCUCUGGCUUUGCAGCCCCCCUUUUUCGCCAAAGCUGGGUGGGUGGUCCCCAGACUGAAGGUUUUACAUCCCUUGAGUCUAGGACUUGAGGCCUGUCACCAUCACCUCCCACUUCCUCUCCCACCCUCCUGAAUGCCUCUGACUCUUCUUUGCUGCCCCCGCCCCGUUUUCCAGCUCCCCCUUCCUCGUGAGUUACAGCUGGAUUCUUGUCUGUGCAGAUGCACGUGCAGGUAGCAAGGAUAUCCAUUCUGAGUUACGUGUUUGGUUAUCUUUUGUUUGUGCCAUGAUCAGUUUAUAAUUUUUGCACUAAAAAGGUGGAUUUUUUUUUAAGUGUACAGUCUUGUAGGUUCUUUCUGUCACGUUUUGAUGUGGUGUGUUCCUCCCUCCAUCCCCCAGCUUUCAAAUUCUGAAAAAGUCUCUCUCCAUUUCAUAACCCUUGUCAGUAUUUUAGCUUGAUCACCUCUAGUGCUCCCAGUGGUCUACUUAUUUCAAAUUUGGUAUAGCUGUUUCUCGUAGGCAGGAGGAAUCCAUCAGUAAAUACAACAGGCUGUGUCCUGUUUUAAACACGGGCCCGAGGUACUAAGCAGACAGGUUGCAUCCUUCUAGUUUCCGAAAUCACAGAUUGCGUUGAUUGUUCAUUCAGAUCUCUUCAUCUCUUGUCUUAUUUCAUCAGCAUGCCAAAAUUUCCUUUGGACUUGGAUCUGUAAUUUUGGGGCAAUGGGUAGGCAAAAUGCAGAAUCCAGUUUGGGAAAGAUUCAUUGAUUCUUGAACUGGGUUUUUUUACAUGGAGAUAUAAAUGGCUAUUUUCUUUCUCUCAUUUUUUAGACUUACACAUGUACAUAGGAAAACUUGUGUAUUGAUAAAUUGUAAGUAGUUUUACAAAAUGGCCUUAAUUUACUAUUUAUGUAUAUACUUAACUGUGUGAUUGUGCAUGUAUAUGUGUGCAUGUACUCACACACAUGUACAUACGUGCAAACAGACAAAACGCUAUCUGAAUGCAAUUUAAUUUGGAAUAGCUGAGCAUCAGGGACCAUUUGCUUUCAACAAAUAUUAUUUCAAUUUUCCCUUCUUUGGCUGGGGGAAGCUGGAAGUGCAUGUUUAAAAUGAUACAGUUGUAGAACAAGGAAGGAAUUGAAGACAUAAGCAGCAACCGAAGCUGUGUUAUGGAUCUGAUUUUGCUGGUUGAGGUAGUAAUUAUUAGCUCCAUGAUGAUCUCUUUUGCACCUUACUUUCUGUCGCUCUAUAAAAUUCAUGUGGAAACUUCCCUCCCUCCCCUCAACUCUUGAGUGAAAUCUGCAUGAAAGAUUGAGAAGGUGGGGGAGGAGAAAUAUAAAAAAUAAAUGCACUAGAGCUCCAAAUCCAUGGGAUCUCCAGCUGGCCUAAGCUGAUGUGGGAUGUGGGGAGGGCAAAGGAAUUAUGUUAUAUGUAGGGCUUAGAAACCCCAGAGUUGCGUUCUGUCAUUUUGGUUCCACUUUUGUGUUUUUGUUCUAGGAAGAAAAGGAUUGUCUGGGGAAGUAAGCCCUUUUAUGGUUGUUGAUGUCUGCAAGAAUGGUGAAGAAUCAAAAAGUGAUGCCUGUUGUUUAGGUAGAGCAGUGUUUCUCAACCUUGGCAACUUUAAGAUGUGUGGACUUCAACUUCCAGAAAUCCCCAGUAGAGAAUUAAGACUUUAAUUUUAAAAAAAAGUUAUAUCUAAUUUGGAGCUGGAUUUGACCCCACAAUGGGCAUAGUUAUGAAGUGGUCAUGUUUGUUUUCAUUCCUUACAGUCGGGCUCUCAUUGACAGUUCUCUGCCCCAUUCCCUCGUUUUAGCCUUGUAAUCAGCACAGUAGAGGACUUCAGCCAAGAGAAAAUGGCUGUCCCAAAAUUGCUGAGUAAGUUUUGGGGCCCAAAGGAGUACCAAUACUCCUUGAGAGCCAGACUCUCAUUUGAGUCUGAUACUAAAAUCCAGACGGAGGGAGCUUGGGGCUCUCUGGAUGUUUUGACUUUCCAUUUCCAAUCCAAAACCACUGGAAGACACCAGGUUGCCUAUUAUCUAAAACUACUGCUGCAUGUACCAGCUUCCAGGCUGCCAUUCUUUAGGUGGACACCAGUUCCUAUGGGCUGGGGUGACAUGCGUUAACUCGCCCUGUGCUGGGCUAGAAACCAGGAGUCUGUGAGUUCUAGUCCCGCUUGAGGCAUGAAAGCCGGCUGGGUGACCUUGGGCCAGUCCCUCCCUCUCAGCCCAACUCACCUCACAGGGUUGUUGUGGAGGAGGAAAGAGUAUGAGGUAUAUUUGCUGUUGAGUUAUUUAUAAAAAAUAAUUAAGUCGGGAUAAAAAUAAAAUAAAUAAUAAAUAAAUAAAUCCCAUCCCAUCCCAUCCUAGAGCCAAAAGCCAAGAGUGCCACUGAUCAGACACGCUCUGGAAUGAAGGAUAUCAUGUGAAUGAGGGCAUCUCUUCAAAAUUUUUGUGAUACGUUUUUAAAAUAACUUGUCCCCUCCCUGAGCCUUCAUUUCCUUUUGAUUUCCAUAUCAUUUCAAAUAAAGCCCUUCAUUUUUCUCUAAAUAAGUGGGACAGAGAAGGACUUGGUGGGUGUGCUGCCUCUCUCCUCCCUCUACCCAACCACCCAUUGUCAAAUUCUCUUCUCUUCUCCACUUCUGCUGUGGGGCUGUGAAGAAACAAGAAGACUCUGUCGUCUUUACAUUUUAGGUCUGUUGGUGUUCCAGUGGGAAGCCGUUACCAAAAUCAGGACGGGCAUCGGGUUGCUUUAAUUUUACAUACCUGAUUUUCCUACCUGUUGCUGGCUGAGGUGAUCAUAAGAUUGAGAGGGAGGGUAGUUCAAAGUAAAUCCUUUCUCUCAGCUGACCAAGUAGAAACUGAGAUUUGGUACAAUGAGUUUGACAGUGCAGAAGAGGGAGGUUAAAUUAUUUAUGUGUUAAGUAGCAUCUAGUCUUGCAUUCUGUUUGAAAAAGAGAAUGAGAGCCAGAGGCUGGGGCAUCCCCAUAUAGAGGCUGCCUUCCUCUGAAUUCAAGACAUCACGGACAAAUCCCAGGAGAGGUUGGCUGCCUUCUUGUCUUGUUUGUGGGCUUUCAGAAGAUACCUGACAGGAUGCUGGGACUGGGUUAGAGAAAAGACCCUUGUCUGAUUCAUCAGCACUUUUUGGGUGAGGGUGGGCAAAUGGGACAACUCACUUUUUGCUAAAGGCCAGGCUAUUGCAUGUUCAAAGAAACUGCAUCUUGUUAUUGUUAGGAUUUGCUGCAUGUUAGCAAAACUCUGGGCUUAGUCUCCUUGAAAACAUAGUUUUAUGUGGGCAUAAUGUCUCCAAGUAUUUCUGUUUUGUUUCUAUUUUUUAAGUAGUCACCCAAGAGAUUGAUUGAUUGAUUGAUUGAUUUAUAUA